AUGCAUGUGAUUGGCUGGCGACCAGUUCAGGGUGUGCCCCGCCUCCUGCCCGAUGAUAGCUGGGAUAGGCUCCGGCACUCCCGCGACCCUAGUGAGGAGAAGGGGCUCAGAAAACGGAUGGCUGGAUGGUUGACGACUGGUGAGCACAUCUGCCUCGCAGUUCUGAGAACCGGGGUUCAAAUCCAAUCCAAAAAUAGCCGGAUUGACAUGUACUUCUACAAACCAAACAGAACUGUUCCACUCGGUGGAAACUAGGGGUAGCAAAAAAAAUAGCAAUUUUGUCAUAAUUCACUCAUUUUCUCACUAAAUUGAUAGUGACCUAGAUAUAGUUUAACAUUGAAUUGUGGAUAACAUGAUGAUGGACAGUGAAUUUAAUUUUUCUAACCAAUGAGAAGACAUUUUAUAGUGUUCCCUUCUUUAGUCAAUGGGAUAUUUUGAUAUCUAUCUCUCAGUAUAUCACUUGUCACAUAAUUGCUGUUUAGCGAUAUUCUAGUUAUUGUUGGAAAAAUAUUGCAUCACAAGUUAUGUAUUUAUCCUUCAGGGUCGAGACUCAGAUGCUGCCAAGGAGGGCACGUACGACAAAAUAGUCCAGACGGUUUUUAAUCAAUCUUUGGUCAACCUGACGGGACUAAUUUUUUAAAUAACUUCCCACAGCGCCACACUACCAACCCCCACCCUCCCCGAGCCCCCUUUCAACCAAUCAAUCCUUAAUCACUCGCAAUCAUCGUCAGGCAGUAGCAAGACCGUCGCCAAACUGGCUCUGGAGGAGGGAACAGGAGGUUAGUGCACAUUCAACUGGCCAGGCGGGUCAGUUGUCACGGAACAGGUGGAGAUGUCUCAGCAGACCAGUUGAGAUUGGGUUGGUGUAACACUGCAGGCACAGUCAGCCACAACACGAUCAAUUCAAGCACACGUGGUUUUUGCCCACAUUCAGCUUGGAUAGGCUCCAGCCACUGCCGUAACCCUGAACAAGGUUAACAGGAUAAGAAAUUGAUCGAUAUUCUACCUUACCACAUAUUGCCUUACCUAAAUAACCCUCUGAGAAGAUAUUUAUGGAAGAUAUUUGCAUGAAACCACUUCUGCACAAAGAAAAUUGAUUGAGCAAAAAAUGCAAACAACACAGACACAAACCUCCAUCCUCUUUGAAUUGGUGAACUCUGAGAGAUUUCCAUGUGAUGAGACAGUGUUAAAAUUGGAGGCUGAGAGCGAGGGAAUUGGGGCAAGCGAUAGAGAGGGUUGGUGUAUGUUUUGUGUGUGUGUGUGUGGGGGGCAUACAAAUAGGUCACUAACAAAAAACACUGCAUUUAUGGUCCAUGAUAACACAGCUGCAAUGGCAGAUGGACAAAAUGGAAAAUUGGAGCAAAAUGAUGACCCAAUAAUGAAUCAAACUACGUAACGUUUUUGUUUCCACCAGCUGAGCUGAGUAUUUUGCUGCGCAGCGGAAGGCAUCAGUUACCUGCAUGAAUGUAUUUCCCUACAUACCUACCAUUCAUUUACAGUAUUGUAAAUUCCAUUCAACAAGUUACUUGAGAUUGACGUACACACUACAGAGAGGUGUGGGACAAUAAAUCAAAUAUAUCACACAAAUAUACCAGGUCCUAGGUGAGGGUCCAGACAAACUAUGGCUCAAAGACCCCUAUGACAAUAAAACGCGGGUCACCGCGACCCUCCUUUGGAGCCAGGCCUGGAGGUGGGGCUCGAAGAUGAGCGCCUGGUGGCCGGGCACAGCAUGGGGUCACCACCUGUGGGAGGGGCCAAUGCUGUGUGAGCUGGGCAGCGGCCCAAUGCGGGGACCUAGGCAGUCCGAUCCCCAGCUACAGAAGCUGGAUUUAGGGACGUGGAAUGUCACUUCUCUGGCAGGGAAAGAACCUGAGCUGGUGUGAGAGAUGGAGAAAUAGUGAGGCUGACCUCAACACACAGCCUGGGCUCCGGUACCAGUCUUCUCAAGAGACUGGGUUUGACUCACUUCCACUCUGGGGGGACUCCCUCAUUCUACUGGGGGAAUUCAACGCUCACAUGGGCAAUGACAGUGAGACACCGAGCUGUGUUCUGUUAUUGGACUUCUGUGCUCUGUGACGGACUGUCCAUAACAAACACCUUGUUCAGACAUAAGGGUGUCCACAUGUGCACUUGGCCCCAGGACACCCUAGGCCGCAGUUCGAUGAUCAACUUUGUGGUCGCGUCAUCGGACAUGUCUCGGUCACUCGGGUGAAGAGAGGGGCGGAGCUGUCAACCGAUCACCGCCUCGUUGUGAGUUGGGUCCGAUACCGGUUGGACCUGGCAGACCCAAAUGUAUUGUGAGGGUCUUCUGGGAACGUCUGGCAAAGUCCCAAGUCAGAAGGACUUUCAACUCCCACCUCUGGCAGGACUUCGCCCACAUCUCAGGGGAGGUGGGGGACAUUGAGUCUGAGUGGACCACGCCUCCAUUGUUGAGGCGGCCGACCAGAGCCGUGGCCGUAAGGUGGCUGGUGCCUGUCGUGGCGACAAUCCCUGAACCCGUUGGUGGACAUCAUCAGUAAGGGAUGCCGUCAAGCUGAAGAAGGAGUCCUAUCAGACCUUUUUGGGCUGUGGGACUCCAGAGGCAGCUGAUGGGUACCAGCUGGCCAAGCGGAAUGCAGCUUUGGUGGUCGCUGAGGCAAAAACCUGAGCGUGGGAGGAGUUCAAAGAGGCCAUGGAAAAUGACUUCUGGAUGGCUUUGAGCAAAUUCUCGUCCACCAGCCGACAUCUCAGGAGGAGGACGCAGCGCACCAUCAACAGUGUAUCUUUGGAGUUUAGGUUUCGAAGUGUCCAUAUGCCACAGAUACGUCUGCACAAGCCCCUGCCAAGAUGGCUGCCAUGUGCAGCUUUGUGCUUGCCUGCCGGUACAAAAGCUGAACAGCCUUGGCAUCGGCAGCUCACUGUGCACCUGGAUAGUGGACUUCCUCAGCAACAGACCCCAGAAGGUCAGGAUGGGAAACAACACCUCCCGCACUCUCAUCCUGAAUACGAGGACACCCCAGGACUGAAUACAACUGAAACAAAGGAGAUGAUCAUGGACUUCAGGAAAUCCGAAAGACCUGAGCACACCACCCUCUUUAUCAAUGACGAGGAGGUGGAGAGAGUGGAAAGCUUCAAGUUCCUCAGAGUCCACAUCUCGGCAGACCCGACCAGGCUGACCAACAUCUCCCAUCAGAUCCAACAUGGAGAGCCUCCUGACCAACACUGCUGCACAAGUUGGUUCAGCAGCUGUACUGUGAAGGGCCUGCAGCGGGUCGUGAAAGCAGCAGAGUGGGUGAUCGGAGGUACACAACCCACCAUUCAAGGACGCCUACACUGGCCAAUUAAUGUGGAAAGCCAGGGGAAUUAUACAAAAUCAAAUCUCAUCCCCGACACUCACUUCAUGCCCCCACCCCCUCUGGAAAGCACCACGUAACAUUAAACUAUAGAACCACGAGGCUUCAAAACAGCUUCUACCACCAAGCUGCGAAAUGCAUCCCCCGAUUGAUCCUAUGGCAGUGACAAUAAAGCUCUAUUCUAUUCUAUUCUAUUAUUUUCUAUUCUAUUCUAGUAUUUACCUUCUGCCAUUUAUUGGAAAAACGUUUCUUCUCUUUGGAAAAAGUGAAAUUGGAUAAUUUCCCAUAGCACACCAGAUGAUUUCCCAUGGCACACUGGUUAGGAAUCCCUUCUCUAGAUCAGGUGUCACCAA